CAUGUGAUUGUGGAGAGAAUUCUAUUAGUUGCAAAUUCAUUGAAGAAAAGAAGAUUUGCUUCUGCAAAGAAGGAUAUGUUCAGGGAAUCGAUGGAAUUUGCAUUGAGACUUGCAAUGAAACGCAAACAUGCAAAAAUGGAGGGUCUUGCCUGCAACAUUUUUGUGUCUGCUUACCUGGGACGUCUGGACCUUUUUGUGAAAGCAUUUACGAUUGUUUGCACACUGAUAUGUGUAGAAAGAAUGAUCAUACAGACUGUUCUUAUGAUGUGGAUAGACAAAAGGCCUACUGCAGAUGCAGUAUAACGGAGUAUAGAUUUGAUGCAGCUACCAAAACAUGUCGAAGUUGUUUGUGUACAAAUUGGGCUUCUCAGUAUUUAGGAUCAUUUAGCUGGUGUGAUUACCAGCAAGGUCGACAAGUGUGUGUGUGCACAGUGGGCUAUUCAUACAACCCACACACUGAAGCAUGUGAAAGUUCGUAUAUGAAAAUCUACUCUAUAUUAUACCUCCAUGUUACAUCUACACAGUAUCUUAACUACUCUAGAUUAAAAUUUACUUCUAUAUUAUCAUUUUUAUCCAUUAAGGGGAGUCCGCAUAUAUAUAGGGCUUUGCAUCUGAACAAGAUAUUGCUUCAGCUUUUUGUCACAUAUAACUGUUACACUGUAUGUGCUUACACUGUGAUAACUGUUAAUACAUAUCUUUGGCAGAAUUUUUUUUUUUAA